UUCUUUGACUUUGUGCGAAACCUCCUCAAAGACUAUGGUGACUUUCGCCACAACCGAUUACCUCUGACCAUCGCCAACUUCCAAAGGAGCGCUACUCGCCUGCGGAGCCUCGCUGAUGACGUGAAACAUCUGUCGCAAGUGGGGGGCGUCUCAAAUAAUCUCAUUGAGAACCAUAAUCAAGCGGUGGAUGAAAUUACCGAAGAAUGUUUGCGGCUGUCCUCGGAGCUGCUCCAGGUCUUGGACGGUCUGCAACCUGGGUGCUCCAGCUCGAAAUGGUACAGUUUUAGGCAGGCGAUUUCCACUAGCUGGAAAAACGAAACAAUCCGAGAAUUCGAAGGCUGCAUUGCAAAAUGCCAGAACCAGAUUGUGCUGCGGCUGUUAGGCCGCCUUGAGGCCAAGUUAGAGGAGCACCACUCCACGCAAAACACCCACCUAGAACGCUUGGAAGCCAACGACCACAAGAUUAUGGAGGUUGUGGCAUUCACCCAGCAGACGUUACUGAGAGAAUCAGCCACAUCGAAGAGAGAGGUCGCCACUGUGCUUGUGACGUUGUCGAACGGAGAGACGAGAGCCAUUGCGGAGAAAAUGCAAGGCACACCACUAAGACGAUACGACGGCACGCUGGACAGCGAUGGUGUCGUGUCACACUCGGAGCAGAUGUUGACAUUGCGCGCUCCUACAGUGUCUGGAAACCACGAAGCAUCACUUCAAGAUCCAUCAGGCAUCCACAGCGCCAUCUUGAAGUGCCUCUGGUUCCGCCACGUCUCGGACAGGUUUGAGAUGGCCAAGAACCGGCAUAGUGAGACCUUCAACUGGAUAUGGCAUAGCUCGCCUGAUCCAGAGCACAAGUGGGCAAACUUCUCCGAGUUCCUGAAGUCCAACGAGCAGAUAUACUGGGUGAAUGGGAAGCCGGGAUCGGGUAAGACAACUUUGAUGAAGUUUAUAUGCAGGGCACCCGAGCUUGACACCCACCUGCGCGAAUGGGCUGGAAAUACGAACUUCGUUGUCGCGUCCUUCUUUUUCUGGAAUCUUGGCCCUAUUGCUCUCCAGAAGUCCCAGGAGGGUCUUUUACGGUCUCUUCUUUACGACGUCCUCCGGAAGGCGCAUGCUCUCCUUCCAGCCGUCGUGUCAGAGCUAUAUUUCGAGGUGCUUCGCUCCCACCAACCUGAAAUCGCUGAACCUACACUCGCUGAGCUCGUUACCUGGUUUCGAAGGCUCGUCCGUCACACAAGCGCACAAUUCCGGCUUUGUCUCAUCAUCGACGGCCUGGACGAGUACACGGGCAGCUGCGUGGACCUGAUCGAUCUCCUCAUCACCGAGAUAUCUACCUCGCCAUUCGUCAAGCUAGUGGUCUCUAGUAGACCUAUCCCGGCCUGCGUCGAGUCCUUUCAACGCUUUUCUGGGCUGCGUCUACAGGAUCUAACUUACGGCGACAUCCAUUCGUACGUGGAGGACACUCUCGGUCGUCGACUUAUCCAGCAAGGGUACGAAGAGUCCGCCGAAUACGUGCAGCUUUUGAACGAAGUGAGCGAAAAGUCAUCGGGAGUAUUCUUAUGGGUUGUGUUGGUUGUCUUGUCGCUUAUUGAAGGGCUGAUGAAUGGCGAUAAUCCCGGUGAGCUUCGGCAGCGCUUGGGGCAAUUGCCACCAGACCUCGAAGAUCUCUACAGGCAAAUGCUUGACAAAAUCCCUGCGCACUAUCGACAACAGGCAUGCAACAUAUUCAGCAUGGUCCUUCAAGCUCUUGAGUACGAAUCUUGUCGCAAUCGUGCGUACCCUGUCCCGGCUCUUCAGGUUUCCUUCGCCGAGGAAGAUCAGCGAAUUCCUUUGCAAGGACAAGCCCAAGAGCUAACCGCAGAUGCGCGAAGGCGGAAGUGUGCGGAUGUCGAGCGAAGGAUACGCAGCCGUUGUUGUGGUCUGUUGGAGGUCAACGACAGGAUUCUCGAAGACCAUACCGGCUGGGAAUACUUUCGAGACGAAAGAAAAGUCCUCGCCUUGACUGAACGCAAAGGUGAUGCCGUGUACGAGACCUAUCCCUUUGAUUGGCCCUUUUCAGAGCAAGUAGAGCGCCAAAUACCACCGCCCAGCCCGAUAACAGCGCCUUGCGUCGAAUUCAUCCAUCGAUCAGCAGUUGAAUUUUUUCGAACACCGACGGGGGCUUCAUUUCUAAGUGAAAUCCAGAGCCCUGACCGCCUCAAUCCUCGACGGGUUUUGUUGCGGUCCCAGAUCAAGCUUCUGGCAUGUGUUGGGUCGAGCUAUAUUCUGGAUGGCAAUAUGAAAGCUGGAAACUAUUUCAUUACGCUUGUCUCCACCUUUCUACAGGAUAUUGCCGAUGCUGAGAUGGCAGGAGUGCCGUUUAGUUCCGAACUGAUCUAUACCGCCAACGCAGUUAUCGACCAUCACUGGAACGCGGCGUCAUCUUUUGUAUUCCCCGCGAGUGGCAGAGAUGUCAGCUACAACAACGUGGAUUUUCCGUUCGUGACAAGAGUUAGUCGUAUUCAAGGUCAUUGGUCAAGGCUGUUGCUUUUACGCAAAACGACUGCAGUUGGUGUCAAUACGCAACUGUUUGGCGGACUGGACACCUUGGGCUUUGCAGGAUUGGCUUCACUUAUACCUUACACGUCCUGCGUGCAAUCCUAUGUCAAACUAAAAGCGGGAAUACAAGGAGGCAACAAACUAGUCACAUAGCUCCUCAACAUAUGGGUUCGCGCAAAGGUCGAGUUUGAGGCAAACGACAUGGCCGUGAAAGCGCUAGCCUCAGGCGAUCCCACUUAUCUAGCUUCUCAAGCUCGUCAAGUUGCCCGAACAAACGCAGCGGACGAAUCUCUCCUGGACCUUUCGCAGGAUGACCCGCAGUAUGCUAGCUCCGGUCUCUGGCCAGCCCAAAACCUACAGAUUCAACAGUACCGCGACUGGGGGCUAUCGGAGAUAUCCGAGGGACCGUACUUGA